AUGCAGAAUGAUGUUAGCUUGAUCACAGCUUUAGUGGAGCGUUGGAGACCCGAGACCAACACUUUUCACUUCACUUUCGGGGAGAUGACUGUGACCCUUGAAGAUGUAUAUAUGUUGAUGGGUCUACCAGUGGUUGGAGAGCCAAUUAGAUCCGAUGAUGAUAUUCCACAUAGGAGUACAUGGCUUCGAAGAUGGCACGAUCCAGAACUUACAGAGGAGCAAAGGAAAUCUGCCUUGGACCGUGGUGGUGUGAAGUUGAAAUUUUUGAGAGCGCAGUAUGGUACUUGCCCUUCGAGUACAGAUCGGGAUAUGAUGGUGAUAUACACUCGGGCAUAUGUUCUCUACUUGUGUGGGGCAAUACUGCUUCCUACCAAGUCCAACAAUGUCGUCCACCCUCGACUGAUCCUAUUUCUAGAGGAUCCGAGCAAAAUUUAUGGAUAUGCUUGGGGGGCUGCAGUUCUUUCAUAUCUAUAUAGGAAUUUGAAAGAGGCUAGUAGAAAGGAUGUCAGGUCUAUAUCCGGUUGUACAACAGUUUUGAUGCUAUGGUCUCGUGAGAGGUUGCGCCCGGGACAACCUUUGAUAGCAGAAAAUACGAGGAUGAUAUGGCCUAGGGCAUUAGCAUGGGCUGUUGCUCCAGUCUCUUCAGGGAGGUCAAAGUUCUACAACGUUCAUCACAACAUCGAUGCAUACAGAGGUAUGUUCGAUAAUUUCUAUUUGGAUUGGGUGCGUUGGAGGCCAUAUGCACGUUUCUAUCGGAGGCCUGAUGCGCAUUUCGAGAGAGCUCUAAUUGCUGGCAUUGCCCGUGUACCACUCUAUAAACUCCUUCAAACCGGUACUAGCAUUGACAAAUUCAUCGAAGAAAGAAUUCAUUGA